CAGCUUUAGCAUGUAGGCUGUUUACACAAUCAGUGGCUCUCUAUAAAGGGUUAGACCUUCAGUCAGUUGCAGAAGACAUAGUUAAACAUUUUCUUUCGUGGAGCAUUAUGGAGUUCUCUGUCACGUUGAUUUCAGCAGGGCUAACGUUACUCAUUGCUUUGGUGUGGUUGUUCAGUCAGAAGAGCAGUAAGCAGUUACCCCCAGGACCCACUGGCCUGCCUAUCAUAGGAAACCUUCUACAGCUGGACAAAAGAGCUCCAUUCAAAACUCUGGUAAAGCUAAGUGAAAGAUAUGGCCCUGUGAUAACUGUGUACCUGGGGCUUCAGCGCACUGUGGUGCUGGUGGGGUAUGAUGCAGUGAAGGAGGCACUGGUGGACCAAGCAGAUGACUUCACUGGCAGAGGACCUCUUCCUUUACUGCUCAGAGCUACAAAGGGCUAUGGUUUGGUGAUUAGUAAUGGAGAGCGCUGGAAGCAGUUGCGACGUUUCACUCUGACAACACUUAGAGACUUUGGGAUGGGACGCAAGGGGAUGGAAGAUUGGAUCCAGGAGGAGAGCAAACACAUGGUGGACCGCAUAAAUAGUACCAAAGCCACACCUUUUGAUCCCACCUACUACAUGAGCUGCACCGUGUCCAAUGUGAUCUGCUGCUUAGUGUUUGGUCAACGCUUCAACUAUGACGAUGACAACUUCCUCCGUAUUCUGCAGACAAUUUCAGAAAUCCUGAAAUUUGGCAGCAGUCCCUGGGGUCAGCUGUAUAAUAUCUUCCCUCGGUUGAUGGAGUGGCUACCAGGUCAACAGCACACAAUAUUUGCCGAAGUUGAAGACCUGAGAGACUUUAUGAUGAGAAGGAUCCAGGAACACCAGGACACGCUGAACCCCAGCUCACCCAGAGAUUACAUCGACUGCUUUCUCACUAGACUCAGUCAGGAAAAGCAUAUUCCCACAACUGAGUUCCACUAUGACAAUUUGGUGUCAACAGUGAUGAAUCUGUUCCUGGCAGGAACUGAAACCACCAGCUCAACUAUCAGAUAUGCACUAAGUGUACUGAUAAAAUACCCCAAAAUACAGGAGACCAUGCAAAAGGAGAUUGACACUGUGAUUGGACAGGGGCGUUGUCCUUAUAUGGAGGACAGGAAGUCCCUCCCCUUUACAGAUGCAGUCCUCCAUGAAAUUCAGCGUUUAAUGGAUAUUGUCCCCAUGAGCGUCCCUCACUAUGCACUCCAUGACAUCUCUUUUCGGGGUUACACAAUUCCCAAGGAUACAGUAAUUCUUCCCUUGUUGCACUCUUUGCUGAAAACGGAAAAACACUGGGCGACCCCUUGGUCCUUCAAUCCCCAGCACUUCCUGGACCAGAAUGGCAACUUUAAGAAAAAUCCUGCAUUCCUGCCAUUCUCUGCAGGAAAGAGAUCUUGUGUCGGAGAGUCCCUCGCUCGCAUGGAGAUUUUCCUCUUCAUGGUGUCACUUCUGCAGCAUUUCACCUUUUCUUGCCCUGGAGGACCUGACAGUGUAGAUCUCAGCCCCGAGUACAGCAGCUUCGCCAAUGUGCCUCGCAAGUACAAGAUCAUUGCAACACCCCGGGGUUAAUGAUAUUUUACAGCACAUUCAUGUGUUUUCAUAUUUUCUUCUAGCCUUGAACCUCCCAAAAUCCCAAAAUGGAUCAUUUGAUUCUAAAGUACCUCAUUUUGUGAGUGGAUCAUGCAAAUUGAUUUCUUUCUCCUGGGCAUGUAAUUCUGAGGUUUGCCAUGACAUCACUUCCGGCCAUGUCUUCUCAGAGCCCACAGGGGCAUCUGUUGGCAAAUAACCUCACAAUGUAAAAACUGAGAGGCCAUUGAUGGUGCUGCAGGCCUGUUAAAAAAUAACACUUUUAGUGGUGAAACUGGCUUUCUAAAAUAUUUUUGUCACAUAAAUGCUCACACCAGUACAGUACACACAGAUAUUGAUUGAUUUGAAAGAGGUGCCAAAGGAAAAACCAACAAGAUUUUUGUUUGAACUGUUUUUGUAAUUUCCUGGACUCCCCAUCUUAUCUACGUUUAUAUACACCUGCUCAUCAUUUAAAUAGUGUUACCAGUAUUUCCAUUAAAGAACCUUAACAAAACACUGUGAAAUCAUGUUUAUACAUGUGUCAGCUUAUUCAGUGCUUUUAUUACAGCUACAGUAUGUUACACCUACAGUCUAUUGAGUCAAAUAUUCACAUCCAAAAUGCAAUUUCUGUGGUUGAAUUGAUUUAUCAAAUAAAAAAUUAUGUCAACCAAGGAUUAAAAAGGCUGUCUCACUUAAUAUGUCACAAUGGUAUUUGGAGUCCUCAGAAUAAACAGUAUACACAAUGUUUAUCUUCUACACUGAUAGACAAAUAAUAAUCUAAAAUUAAAGAUUAAAUUCCUGAUUGUUUAAUUUGUUUAUAAUUUAUAUAAACCACGUGUCAUAUGGUUUGGCUUAUGGUGUUUUGGAAUAGCACACUACAAACUGAAACAAGCUAUUGUGUGAUAUUGUAAUUAUGUGUUGUAAAAGGUUAUUUCAUCAACUGCAUGUUGUCAUAUAUUGAGAUAUGACUAACAGUGUUUUAUUACUGUAAAUGUGGUUGUUUAAUUUUUAUUAUAUGUUUUGUUUACUCACUUCAUGGUGUGGACUUUGUGUAGGGUUUUUUCUUUGGAACAAAAAUGCAUGAAUCACAUGAUAAAAGCUAAAAAGAAUUGUGUAUGAAUGUAUUUUAUUAAUAAACAAGAAAUACUGAAUCUUUUAUUCAAA